CUUCAUACAUGCAAAUGCGCCAGGAACGAGAAAACUUUCGCAAAAAGUUGGUAGAAUUAAUUGCCCGUAAAGAUGAUGAGGCGGCCACCACCAAUGCCAUAAAUGAUGAUUCUGGAGGUGCUGGUCCCGAUACCAUGGACUGGGACAGUGAAUUUCCCAAUCAGCAGGAAAAGGAGGUGUUACGUUAUUACUACUACAUUAAGCAUGGUAUCGAUACCAUUCAUGUAUCGCCAAUGAGCAAAAAAGUUUUAAACAGAAUUAAGAGUCAAAUUCCGCCAGUCUUAAAUAAAUGGGAGGUGGCUCUGUCAGAGAAUAUCAAUGAAAUCAAAUCCGAUUAUAUCUUCUCGAUGAAAAAAGCUGUGGUGGAUUUUGUUUUGCAAAAUUCUUUGACAAAUCUAAAAAAGGAUACAAAGCUGGAAUUGACAAAGGAGCGAAAGGAAAUCAAUGCCAUGUCGAAUAAAUGGAGAUAUCGUUACGACGAAAAUCGUUGCCGUUUAAAAAGAACCCUGUUCUGCAUACAUCGCUCUGUGGCCCACAUAUUGGAAUUGUGGAACACGAAGUACAAAGAAAUCACUUUGGUGGAUGCUCGAGAACUAUCCAAGGUCACAACGCCAUUUGAGCUGUUCGAAUUUGCGUACACUGUUGGGCGCCAUGUGGACCAGGCUAAAAAUAUGCUGGAAAAUGAAUGGUAUGGUGAAAUACAUGCAAUUCUCUUGAGGGCCAGUAAUCGUGGCCAAUUGCCGGAUGUAAGGAAAACUCGUCUGAUACAACGUUUCUAUAAUUGUGUGGCGGCUCUGAUGACCCAACAGUUGGAAGAUAUGUGUAUCCGAAGUUUAAAUCGAUUUGCCGAUUUUAUAUGUGAUUAUGCGAAAUGUAAUCCCGGCUUUAAAAUCUCUCUGAUGUUGGAGGACGAGGAUGUGAUUGUUUUCAAUCCGAAUUUUUCCAAGUUCCAAAGUGAAAUGGUGCGCAUAAUCGAAUCGAUUGUCUUGGCCGUGCAAAAUCUCCCGAGAAUUGAGAGUAAACUUUAUACAGAUUUAAAAAUCUCCGAUAAACUUACCCUGACUCCCGCCAUACCGGAAUCAUUAAUUGCUGAGACGCGUAAUCGUAUUUGUGCCCUACUCGAAGAGGAGCGUAUUGGACCCGAAUUGCGCUUGCAAGAUUUCGAUGAAUAUAUUGAUUUAAUGAAUGGUCGUGAUGCAGAGCGGGUAUCGAAAUUUAUUUCCGCCCAGCCGGAAUUCGAAGCAUUCUGUCAAAUGGUUCACGAGUAUCGUCAGAAGGAAGAUAAAAUUUCCCGAGAUAUAUGGGGUGUUAUCCGAAUGGGCCUCUAUGAAUUUCAUAGAGAAAAGUUUAUUGGCAACUUGGAAAGUUUUGGGAGGUAUAUGCAGGAACAGUUACUCAAUCAUAUGGUCAAUGAUCAGCAGAAUAAAAUCUCCAAAUUGGGUAAGGAGUAUGAGUCAAUUGCCAAGAAGGCCUUGACCAUACCCAAAGACACAGCGGAAUUGAUGAGCCUUAAGGCCUAUGUCAUAAACACCGAGGAGAAUGUGGUGCCGGAAAUGGAACAGCGUUUAAGGGUGAAUAUGGGUCAUAUUUUGUGGCUGAUGGACCAUACCCUGUACUCCCCAUUGCAAAUUAAAAACAAUUCCAAUACCUUCCAAUGGUAUUUGAAAUUACCCUCCAUAUUUGAAGAUCAUCGAGUGAUAAUUGCCGAUAAGACCAUCGAAUAUCAGGAGCUACUAAAGAAACGCAUCGAUAGUUUUCGCCGUGAACUGCAAACCUAUUUUGAUCAGGUUCAAACCUAUGAUGAAUGGGGUGAUAUCAAACAAUUGGCGAAAUAUAAACGGAAGGCUAAUAUUCUGGAUAAUCGUUUGGUUAUGGCCAUGGAUACCAUAGAUCGUAUCAACGAAGAGGAGACUUCGUAUGGAUGGGAUUUGUCGCAAUAUUUCAUAAGGAAGAAGGCUCACGAUCAGCUGAAGCCAUAUAAGACCCUAUUCGAUGCGGGUCAAGAAUUUAUGGAUAAAUAUGAUUUGUGGAUGAAUGCCCAAGUGGGAGCAUUCGAUCCAGAUGAAAUUGAAACCGAAGUGGCAAAUAUGUAUCGGAUCAUACAGAAAUUGGAAAAGCAAAUGGGUGACCAUCCCACCACAAUGACCCUGAUAAAGGAUAUCAAAGAACAAAUUGAGGCCUUCCGUGAACACAUGCCUAUUAUUUCCACAUUGGGUAAUCCGGGCAUGAAAACACGACACUGGGAAUUGGUUUCGGAGAUUAUCGGUUUUCCAAUCAAGGUUUCACCGGACUUGACAUUGGCCCGUAUCAUUGAAUAUGGCCUGGAGGAUUAUGUAGGGAAAUUUGAGACAAUUUCCGAAAGUGCCACCAAGGAAAAUAAUUUGGAAAGAGCCAUGGCUAAAAUGGUUGCGGAAUGGGAAGACAUAUCAUUUUCCGUAUCACCAUAUAGAGAUACAGGCACCUAUAAGCUGUCGGCCAUUGAUGACAUUCAGGUUCUAUUGGAUGACCAAAUUAUCAAGACCCAAACCAUGAAGAGUUCGCCAUAUAUUAAACCCUUUGAAAAGGAUAUAUUAAAAUGGGAAGCCAAGUUAAUUUUAUUGCAAGACAUAUUGGACGAUUGGUUACGUGUCCAAGCCACCUGGAUGUAUUUGGAACCAAUAUUCUCUAGCCCCGAUAUUCAACAACAAAUGCCCGAGGAGGGUAGACGGUUCAGCGCCGUGGAUAAGAUCUGGAAAGAAUUAAUGAAACAAGUCAAUGCCGAUUGCCGGGUCAUGGCCGUGGUGGAAAUUGACAAAAUGUCGGAGAAAUUGAAAAAGGCCUUCAAUCUAUUGGAAAUCAUACAAAAGGGUCUGAAUGCCUAUCUGGAAAAGAAACGUUUAUAUUUCCCGCGAUUCUUUUUCCUAUCCAAUGAUGAGCUGCUGGAAAUCCUAUCGGAAACUAAGGAUCCGACAAGGGUUCAGCCACAUUUGAAAAAAUGUUUCGAGGGCAUUGCAACCCUUAAAUUUACGGAGGAGCUGGAAGUUACAAUUAUGCGUUCAUCGGAACGUGAAGAAGUUGAACUUGUCGAUAUUAUAUCGACAGCUAAGGCCCGAGGUCAAGUGGAGAAAUGGCUAUUGGAAUUGGAGUUGGACAUGAAGAAAAGUAUUCACAAGAAAAUGAGUGAAGCAUUCUAUAGUUAUCCGAAUAGUGUUCGGCAUGAAUGGGUCCUGAUAUGGCCGGGCCAGUGUGUCCAAUCGAUAUCGUUGACCUAUUGGACUUUAAACAUAACCGAAUGUUUUAUGUCCGACGAUCCGUGCGGAAAUUUGGAAAAAUAUUUGGAAACAAAUGUUACGCAGAUCAAUCGCAUUGUGGAUUUGGUCAGAGGUGAUUUGAGCGCCCAGAACCGCAUUACGUUAGGGGCCUUGGUAGUGCUCGAUGUUCAUGCCCGUGAUGUCUUGGCCGAGAUUGUAGAGAAAAAAGUAUCCGAACUCAAUGAUUUUCAGUGGCUGUGUCAGCUUCGAUAUUAUUGGGAGGACAACAAUUUGGAUACCCGGAUGAUUAACUGUUCCCUAAAAUAUGGUUAUGAAUAUUUGGGAAAUACCACGCGGUUGGUUGUAACACCUCUGACAGAUCGUUGUUAUCGCACUCUCUUCAGUGCUCUGCAUUUACAUUUGGGUGGUGCACCGGAAGGACCCGCCGGUACCGGUAAAACUGAGACAACAAAAGAUUUAGCCAAGGCUGUGGCCAAACAAUGUGUUGUCUUUAAUUGUUCCGAUGGUUUGGAUUAUAUUGCCCUGGGGAAAUUCUUUAAGGGUUUGGCUUCAUGUGGCGCCUGGUCAUGUUUUGAUGAAUUUAAUCGUAUCGAUUUGGAGGUGCUGUCGGUGGUGGCUCAACAAAUCCUCACCAUACAACGAGGUAUUAAUUCAGGAAGUCCCACAUUGGUAUUUGAGGGUACCACCCUCACCUUGGAUCCCACGUGUGCGGUAUUUAUUACCAUGAAUCCUGGUUAUGCGGGGAGAUCGGAAUUACCGGAUAACUUAAAGGCCCUCUUCCGUUCCGUGGCCAUGAUGGUACCCGAUUAUGCCCUGAUUUCCGAAAUUGAAUUAUAUUCCUAUGGCUUUUUGACCGCCAAACCAUUAUCGGUUAAAAUUGUGGCCACCUAUCGUUUGUGUUCGGAACAAUUGAGUACCCAAUGUCAUUAUGAUUAUGGUAUGCGUGCCGUAAAAUCGGUUCUCAAAGCCGCAGGAGCUCUGAAAUUACGUUAUCGCGAUGAAAAUGAAGAUAUUUUAGUCCUACGUUCGAUAAAAGAUGUCAAUUUACCGAAAUUCUUAAAUCAAGAUGUCCCCUUGUUCCAAGGUAUUACCUCAGAUUUGUUCCCAGGAACUGUAUUGCCCGAGGCGGAUUAUGUCAUCUUCAAUGAAUGCUGUCGCGAGGCAUGCGAACGUAAUAAUAAACAGUGUACCGAUUUCUUUUUGGAAAAGGUGCAACAGUUGUAUGAAAUGAUUGUUGUACGACAUGGUUUGAUGUUGGUCGGUUUGCCGUUUGGUGGUAAGACGACUUGUUAUCGGAUAUUGGCUGAAACAUUGGAGAAUAUGGAGAAAAGGAACGCCGGUGAAAAUCGUGCAAUUUACACCAUCAUCAAUCCCAAGGCCAUUACCAUGGGUCAAUUGUAUGGCCAAUUUGAUGCUGUCUCCCAUGAAUGGAGUGAUGGGGUGCUGGCCGUAAGCUAUCGACAAUUUGCCGUCUCUGAGACCCCGGAUCGUAAAUGGUUAAUUUUUGAUGGUCCGGUCGAUGCCAUUUGGAUUGAAAAUAUGAAUACGGUAUUGGAUGAUAAUAAGAAGCUGUGUCUGAUGUCCGGAGAAAUUAUACAACUGUCGCCCACAACAAAUCUAAUAUUUGAACCAAUGGAUUUGGAGGUGGCUUCACCGGCCACAGUGUCACGAUGUGGUAUGAUCUAUAUGGAACCUUCGUCGCUGGGUUGGGAACCUUUGGUGACAUCGUGGAAAAAUCGUUUGCCAGCCAGUUUCCAUGCUGUGGCCAAGCAAUUGGUGACGUCUCUCAUCAAGCGGUUCUGUCCAAUUUUGCUGUAUAUUGUAAGGAAAGCUUCGUUGGUGGAAAUUGCCCCCACUUCGGAUGCCAAUUUAAUGGUGGCCUUGAUGAAUAUUUUCGAUUGUUUCUUGGAUGAUUUUAAGGAUGAGAAAUAUGUCCAGAAUCUAUCCGAUUUGGAUAUGAGGGCCCAAAUCGAGGGAGUGUUUUUGUUUUCCUGCAUUUGGUCCAUUGGUGCCUCUUUGGACUCGAAUAGUCGUGAGAAAUUCAAUUUGGUUUUUCGCGGCCUUAUGGAAAAGAAUUUCCCCGAUAAUUUAUAUGAAACGUUUGGCAUUCCGGAGGAGUUACAUGUUCCAGCAUUGCCCAAGCCUUUUAUUUUCCCCAUACCCAAACAGGGUUCGGUGUUCGAUUAUCGUUUCAUUAAGGAGGGUAAAGGUAAAUGGAAGCCAUGGCAGGAUGAUGUGGCCGCCGCUCCGGCCAUAAGUCGUGACAUACCCGUAAAUCAAAUUAUUAUUGUGACCAAUGAAAAUGUCCGAUCCACAGCGGUUUUGGAUUUACUUGUGCGACAUGGAAAGCCUGUGUUGUUUGUGGGACCCACCGGUACCGGAAAAAGUUGUUAUAUUAUCGAUUAUAUGCUGAAGAAAAUGGAUUUGUCUGUCUAUAAGCCUUUGCUAAUUAACUUUUCGGCCCAGACUUCGGCGAAUCAAACUCAGGAUAUAAUUAUGUCGAAAUUGGACAAGAGACGUAAGGGUGUCUAUGGUCCACCGUUGAAUAAGCGAUUUGUCAUAUUUGUCGAUGAUGUUUCAAUGCCAUUGAAAGAGAAUUAUGGCGCCCAACCUGCCAUUGAGUUGCUGCGUAUGAUGAUGGAUCAUUGGAUGUGGUAUGAUCGGAAGGCAAUUGUCCCACUGAAAUUAAUCGAUAUACAAAUGAUAUGCGCCAUGGGGCCGCCAUCGACGGGCAACACAAUUACACCACGUUUCCAGCGGCAUUUUAAUGUGGUGGCCAUUGAUGAAUUUAAUGAUGAUAUACUGAAGACUAUUUUUAGUAAAAUAAUCCUGUGGCAUUUGGAUACGAGAGGCUUCUCCAAAGAAUUUGAUCCCUGCAUCGAAGAAAUAGUCAAUGCCACCUUGACAAUUUACAAUAAGGCCAAAAUGAAUCUGCUACCCACACCAGCGAAAUCCCAUUAUCUCUUCAAUUUACGAGACUUCUCUCGAGUGAUACAGGGAGUUUUACUUUCCGUUCCCGAAGCCACAGAAGAUCUUAAUUCCAUGAGACGACUUUGGGUCCAUGAAGUAUUUCGCGUAUACGGUGAUCGCCUUGUAGAAGACUCCGAUCGCAGUUGGCUGUUCACCGCUCUCUGUGAACAAAUGCGCAACAGUUUCGCCAUCGAACCUGAAGUCCUCUUCGAACGUUUCGUUCAAAAGGGUGAAAAACUAACCGAAGCUGAUUUUCGUAAUUUAAUCUUUUGUGAUUUUACCAAUCCCAAAGCGGAUACGAAAAACUACAUUGAAGUACAAGAUUUAGACGAGUUACGCAAUGUGGUCGAAUCGUAUUUGGUCGAAUACAACAACAUGUCCAAGAAGCCAAUGAAUUUGGUAUUGUUUCGUUUUGCCGUGGAACAUUUGUCGAGAAUUUGUCGCAUUAUAAAGCAGCCACGUAGUCAUGCUCUACUUAUCGGUGUCGGUGGCUCCGGACGUCAGAGCUUGACUCGUUUGGCUUCGCAUAUAUGUGACUAUGAAUUGUUUCAAGUUGAAAUAUCUCGAUCAUAUGGACCGAAUGAAUGGCAUGAAGAUAUCAAGGGUAUAUUGCGUAAGAUCAGUUCGUCGGAAAUGCAUGGGGUGUUCUUGUUUACAGAUGUUCAGAUAAAAGAUGAAUCCUUCUUGGAGGAUAUCAACAAUUUAUUGAACUCGGGUGAAGUUCCGAACUUGUUUAGCAAUGAAGAGAAAAUGGAAGUUGUCGAGAAGAUGGCUCAAAUUGAUAAGCAGCGGGACAAGGCAGUGCAGACGGAUGGCAGUCCGGUGGCCCUGUUCAAUUUCUUUGUAACGACCUGUAAAGAUCAGCUGCAUGUGGUCCUGGCCAUGUCACCGAUUGGUGAGGCUUUGCGUAUUAGGAUACGCAAAUUUCCCUCAAUUGUGAACUGCUGUACAAUUGAUUGGUUCCAGGCAUGGCCAGAGGAUGCUCUGUUGGCAGUGUCCACAAGGUUUUUGGCCCAGGAGGAUCUAACAGAUUUGGAGCGUCGUGCAGCUAUAGAUAUGUGUAUGGAAUUUCAUACCUCCACCCAGGCAUUGUCGGAGGCAUUCUAUUUGAGAUUGAAGCGGCAUAAUUAUGUCACACCUACGUCAUAUUUGGAAUUGAUACAGACUUUCAAGACGUUGCUGAACAAGAAAAGAGCAUCUGUAAUGCUCAACAAAAAUCGCUAUUUGACUGGCAUAUCCCAAUUGGAUAUUGCCGCCCAGCAAGUGGGUGUGAUGCAGGAACAAUUGGAAGCUUUGGAACCGAAAAUUAAAGCAGCAGCCGAAACCGUUGCCAUACAAGUAGCCAAGGUCACGGAAGACAGCAAGGCAGCUGAGGAACAACGUGAAAUUGUCAAACGAGAUGAGGCAGUGGCUGCGGAACAGGCUCAAUUGGCUCAGGCCAUAAAGGAUGAAUGUGAUGCAAAAUUGGGCGAAGCCCUACCCAUACUCAAUGAGGCAAUGGCUGCCCUGAACACCCUGACCACAGCUGAUAUUGCCGUUGUUAAGACAAUGAAAUCUCCUCCGGUGGGAGUGCGUAUUGUCAUGGAAGCUGUGUGCAUUUUGAAAGAAGUUAAACCGGAACGUAUUGCCAAUCCCAGUGGUGUGGGCAUGAUUGAAGAUUACUGGGGUCCAUCGAAGAAAGUUCUGAGUGAUAUUAAAUUUUUGGAUAGUCUUUUAAAUUUCGAUAAGGAUAAUAUACCUCCAGCGGUCAUAAAGAAGCUGCAGGAAAGGGUCUUAACGAAUGAGGCAUUUGAUCCGGAAAAAAUUAAGACCGCCUCCACAGCUUGUGAGGGGUUGUGUAAAUGGGUUAUUGCCCUAACGAAAUAUGAUGUGGUGGCGAAAAUUGUUGCCCCGAAAAAGAUUGCCUUGGCCGAGGCGGAGGCUACCUAUAAUGCUGCUCAAAAAACUCUGAACGAAAAACUGGCCCAACUUGCUCGGGUCGAAGCAAAUUUGGCAGCGAUUCAGAAGGUGUUGGACAAGCAAAUGAAGGAAUAUGGCAUCCUCCAAGCGGAACAUGAGGCUUGCACGAAAAAAUUACAACGAGCGCAGGAUCUUAUCUCCGGCUUGGGUGGUGAACGCACCCGAUGGUCAGAGACCGCCAAACAGCUGGGACGCAUUUACAAUACCCUUACCGGAGAUGUGCUAAUAUCCUCCGGUGUUGUCUCCUAUUUAGGACCAUUUACCAUUGAAUAUCGUGUCGAACAGACCCGCAAAUGGGCUGAAAAAUGUGCCGGUUUUGGUAUCGUCUGCAGUCAAGAUUUUCAAUUGGUCAAUGUACUGGGCGAACCCGUCGAAAUACGUAAUUGGAAUAUAUGUGGCCUACCCACUGAUUCCUUUUCCAUUGAAAGUGCCAUUAUGAUGCA